AUGAAGAAGUUUAUGUCGAGAAUGGUUACACACGCUCCCCGGCAGUUUGCCCCGUUGAAGCAAGGCGGUGCAGCAAAGUCGACUGCACCUCGACUCAAGGGCAUUGUAUUCGAUGUUGAUGGAACACUAUGUGAGCCUCAAACCUAUAUGUUUGGCGAGAUGCGCCAGGCCCUCGGCAUCACGAAAAGUGUUGACAUCCUCGACCACGUUUACUCCCUCUCAACGCAAGAGGCUCAGGAGACAGCAAUGGAGUCCAUCCGCCAAAUCGAGCGCUCGGCCAUGGCCUCUCAGGUCGCCCAGCCAGGACUCGCAGAGCUCAUGUCCUACCUCGACAGCCGCGGCGUCCGGAAGGGCAUCUGCACCCGCAACUUCGACGCACCUGUAGCACACCUUCUCGGAAAGUUCCUCGAGGGAUCAUUGUUCGAGCCUGUCGUUACGCGUGACUUUCGUCCGCCCAAGCCAGAUCCUGCCGGUAUCUUGCAUAUUGCGCAAAAAUGGGGUCUUGUCAAAGAAGCAAACACCUCGAAGGGCGCUAAUGAGACAGCCGUCGGCGAUGGCAGUGAAUUGAUAAUGGUUGGGGACUCGAUUGACGAUAUGACGGCGGGACGAAGGGCUGGCGCGGCUACAGUGCUCCUUGCCAAUGAUGUCAAUGUGCAUCUGGUCGACCAUGAGCACACCGACUUAGUGAUCCAUCGAUUAGACGAAUUGAUUGCUAUUCUUGAGGAGGGCUUCAGCAGUAGGGACCCGGCUUCGUCGGCAUAG